CAUCUAUCUAUGCUUAUACCGAUCAUACCGUUGUUUUCCAUACUUGAAAUCCGUAUUGAUGCUGGAUUUUGCCUCGGGGGACCUUAUUAUUAUCAUUAUUAUUUUGUUAUCUGAACGGGAACUUCUUGGGCGCGACUCUACAAACAUGUCAUGAUACCAUGAUUAUGAACAAAUCUCAUGGAAUCAAUUUACAUCUGAUUUAUCAAUGGAAUCAAAAUUCAUUUGUUCGGAUCAAUAUUAAUUUUUUGAUUGGGAAUCUUUUUCGGCUGCUGAUCACAAUAUCUGGACAUAAAUCGAAAAACAUCACUUUUGUUCUGAUCGCUCCUUCUGAAACAAUCAAUUAUUUGAAUGCAACAGCCGUUGGAAAGAAUAAGCGUCUCUCGAAAGGCAAGAAGGGUCUCAAGAAGAAGGUUGUCGACCCUUUCACCCGUAAGGACUGGUACGAUAUCAAGGCUCCUUCUACCUUUGAUGUCCGCAACGUUGGUAAGACCCUUGUUAACCGUACCCAGGGUUUGAAAAACGCCAACGAUGCCUUGAAGGGCCGUGUCCUCGAGAUUUCCCUUGCUGAUUUGAACAAGAACGAGGAAUACUCUUUCCGCAAGGUCAAGCUGCGCGUUGAUGAGGUCCAGGGAAAGAACUGCCUCACCAACUUCCACGGCAUGGACAUGACCUCGGACAAGCUCCGCUCCAUGGUUCGCAAGUGGCAGACAAUUAUUGAGGCUCACGUCGAUGUCAAGACCACUGAUGGAUACUUGCUCCGCCUCUUCGCUGUUGCCUUCACCAAGAAGGGUGUUCACCAGGUCAAGAAGACCACCUACGCCCAGUCUGCUCAGAUCCGUCAGAUUCGCAAGAAGAUGUUCGAGAUCAUGACUGCCCAGGCCACCUCAUGCGACUUGAAGGAGCUCGUCCACAAGUUCAUCCCUGAGGUUAUUGGAAACGAGAUUGAGAAGUCUUGCAAGUCCAUCUACCCUCUCCGUGAUGUCUACAUUCGCAAGGUCAAGAUCCUCAAGGCCCCCAAGUUCGAUCUUGGCAAGCUCCUCGAGCUCCACUCUGGUGCUGACGUUGACACCACUGGCGCUAAGGUUGAGCGCAAGGGCGACUUCAAGGAGCCUGAAAUCCUUGCUGAGGUUUAAAAGUCUCAUUCCCCCUCAUCUACGAUCCUCUCUACUUUGAACCUUCAGAAAAUAAAGAAAACUUGUUAUCUUUCGGUAACGGCCAUUUUUUUUUUCCUCCUCUCCUUUUUAUUUGUUUGAAUGUGGGUGCUGUGGGGUCAAUGCUCAAAGAGAAUCGCAUAGUUUAAUGACUUGGUCGAAUAGUUAAAUAGAUGGGC